AUGCACUCCGCUCCCAUUCACAAGGCGUCCCUCGUCGACCCCUCUUCACAUCACCCUGCUACCCUCCAGCUCGUCAAAGUAGACAUGUCCCGCAACCUUCUUGAAUAUGUUGUGGAUAACGUCGUGGACACUGUCGACUACGCCCUCGGCCGGCCCUCGUCCUCGUCCCGCGGUCGCUCCCUGUCUCGCCACUCAGAGCACGCCAAGUUUGCCCAAUUCGUCGCCGACGUCGUCCGUCGCGCAGAAAUCACCGUCCCCGCCCUCCUCGUCUCCCUCGUCUACAUCGCCCGCGCAAAGCCCCACCUCCAGAUCGCCCUCGAGCAGUGGGCCUGCGAGCGCGUCUUCCUCGGGGCGCUCAUCGUAGCCAACAAGUAUCUCAACGACUCCACCCUCAAGAACGUCCACUGGGCGCUCUGCACCGGCGUCUUUGGCAAGCGCGAUGUCGGCCGCAUCGAGCGCGAGUUCCUCGACGUCCUCGACUGGGACCUCUCCGUCUCCGAGGCGGACCUUCUUGCGCACCACCCCGCCGUCAUGGCCGUCUCCCGCCCGCGCCACCACCACCGCGCGCACAGUCCCGUCCGCGAGCGCCCGCCGCCGUUCUCGAACGAGAGCGACGACAGCAUGGACGCCGACUCGGACGUGUCCACCCAGCCGAGCGCGUCGCCGCGCACCCCGGGCGACGUCGCGCUGCCCGCUCCUGCCUCUGCCAAGCACGAGCACGCCCGUGCGCACGCGCACCUCGGGUACGCGCCCCCACCGCCCGGGCACUUUGUCGUCCUCCCGACGCCGCCGCCCGCACAUCUCGCGCCGCUGCCACAGGACGCACAUCAUCACAGGCCAGAGCCGCCGCGCCAGCCACUGCCACGCAUGUCGUCCGCCCUCCAACUGCUCCACUCGUUCCCCAUGCCCCAUCUCCCGUCGUCGCGCCCAUCCGCGUGCCGCCCGCUCGCUGCGCCGCCAUCGUCGGCCAGCGCAUAUGCGCGGCAGGUGCUCGCAUGA